AAAAUCAUCAACAUGACUUUUCCGUUGUUCUCCGGCCCCAAAGACAGCAUCACCGUCGAGAGCGUCGCAUGCCACCUCAACGCUGAACCCAACCUCCCAGGCGCCGAAGAUCUCGAUGUUGACCUGAUGAUGAAGUGGAUCGUCGCCCUCAAGCUCAAUCUUCGUUCCAAGGAAAUCAAGCGUCUUGCCCCCAAGGUUCUUGUCGAACUGCGUGCAAUGGAUGGUAUCACUGCCGAAGAAGCUGCCAGACACCAGCAACGCUACCCCAUCAAGCGUGAAGACCCUGUCCUGGUGUAUGCUUGGGGCAGCGGUGGUGCUUUGAAACGCAAGCCUGAAUCAACCCCCGAUGCCGAGAAGACUUCCAACCAGCAGCCCAGUGCCUGGGAGGUUGUUGGUAAGAAGAGAACCGCCAAGCAAUCCGAACAACAAGCAUCCAUGGCCAUGGAAGACAAUGACAAUGCUGGCGGCGUCAAGCUCAACGACAAUUCGAACUCAGAAGAUGUAGAGCAGGCUGCGAUCGAUGCAGCAGCUGCAAAGAAGAAGGCAAAGAAGGCAGCCAAGAAGGCCAGAAAGGCUGCACGCGAUCUUGAGAAUGCAAAGCCUCCUGUCGGCAAGAAGGAAGAGGACAGCGAGGAUGACGGAAAUGACUCUGACUGGACUCAAACCAGCUGGUCCCCUUCUUGGGCUUCGGACUUGGAGAGCGAUGAGAAGUGA